AUGGCUGCAAAGAAAGAGAGGGACGCCGCGCAUGAGCACUCGGAAAUAUCGCAAAUCAUUAUGGAGGGAGAGGGCCUGCUCAAGACGUCCACCGGAAUGGAUGUUAUCCAGCCGAUCCACAGCUUCAAAAGCGCGCCCGAAAACGGGCUGGACGGGUCCUUCUCGCUGGAGAACAGAAGCUACCAGUUUUUUCUGGACAACAACGACUCUUUCUAUGCAGACGCAAAGAAAAGCCCCUUCCACACUGCAGAGCCCAUAAACAAACAGCAGGCAGACAAAAUCCUCUUCAAGGAAAUCAAGUUUGAGGAGCCUCCGCGAAGAGGCGGCAGGCACCGAGACAUGCUCUCCUGCCCGCAGCUGGUGGACCCCGACGAAAGCCUGGACAUAGGCACGGGCGCUUUCCAGAGAAAAAGAAAGGCCAGCGACUCCCCCGACCACUGCGCCCUGCCCUCGAAGCCGAUGCUCGAGGGGAGAACCUCGGCUGACGUGUCGUUCACAAAGCUGCCCGGGUUCAAGACUGCAGAGGGCUCGCAUCUGUACAUAAAGGAGGAGUUUGCGGACAGGGGCAGAAGAAGCCUCGACUUUCUGCACAGCGGAAAGAGCAAGUGCCCCCCGCCUGCCCCCAAGGUGGUUCUCCCGCGGGAGUUUGAGAUGCAGGAGGCAAUGGAGGCGUACAGAAAAAUGAAGCAGGAAAUAUUUCCCCUCACGCGGUCGGAGGAGGAGGAGUUUAACCUGUUCGAGCUGUUCAGGUGGUCGUGGGUGGCAGUGCUUCCGCACAUCCGGGAGAUCAAAAAGCGAGGCUCUGAAGAGUGCGGAAAGGAGAUACAGGCGGUGGUGCUCGAGGAGGCAAAGCGGCGGUGGAAGCUCAACCCAAAGUCCGUGCUCAAGAGAAUAGUCGAGCACGACGAGCACCCGGCCGUCUACAUGAAGGUUCUUGUGGUAGAGGAGGGAAGAGAGUGCAUAACCAUAACAGACGGGGUGCACUCGGUGAAGGCCCGGCUGGACGCACAGCUCCAGAAAAUCUCUGGGAAAAUACGCUCUGGGCACGUUCUGCAGGUUGCGUGCUCGGUGCUCCUCAGCAGCUGCCCAAUCUCGAUAUACGAGGCGCAUCUGGACAAAAGGCCCGUGAUCGAGCUCCGGUACAACGGGGUGAAGCCGUGCCUGUCCGGGCCGCUGGGAUACCAGAGCACGCACGGGUACAUUCGGGAGCUGUCUUCGAUAGACGCAAGCGGAGGAGACAUCAGCUGCCUGAUGCUCAACGUGACAAAGCACAUAAACACAAACUACAUCAUAGACAUCAACGGGUCGAAAACCACAAUAGAGGAGGAGCGGCUGGAGAGCACGCUGGAAAGGAUCGAAAGAAGCAUAGAAAAUCUUGGCCUGCCAAGGGACGAGAAAAUGCGGGCAAUUGACAGCGUGAAGGUGCACAAGUACACCCGGUACAACGUGGUGUGUGACUACUCGAGCAACAAAACGCCCGGGAUACUGUCUGUGUGGGAGCCGGCGUUUACCGACAACCGCCUGAGCAUCCAUAAACGGUACCUGUUCUUCAUGGUGCGCCCGCCCACAAAGGCGCUCUCCAGCAGCACAGUUCUCCUGACCACAACGUCGAAGACGUUCUUUAUCAAAAUAUAG